AUGAAACUGGUAACACCUGACAAGACGUUCAACAUCGUGACUGCCUAUGCACCUCAGCAAGGUUGUGAAGAAGACGAGAAGCAGAGAUUUUGGAACCAACUUGAAGAAGUGACCAUCAAUGUGAAGGAAACAGAACAGCUGAUUGUGGCAGGAGAUCUCAAAGGGCGCAUCAGAAGUGAGAGAGUAGAGGGAUUGGAGAGAUGGCAUGGAGGAAAGUCAAUCGGAAGAAGGAAUGAAGAAGGAGAUAAGAUCUUAGACUAUGCAAGGAGCAAGGACCUCGCAAUGGUAAACACAUUCUUCACACAGAGGGAUGGAAACACCUACACGUACAAAAGUGGCCUUAGCCAGACCGUGAUAGAUUUCAUCAUGAUAAGGAGAGCUGACCUAGGCGAUGUUAAAAAUUGUAAGUUUAUUCCUGGUGAGGAAAUUGCACUGCAGCAUAGACUCUUUGUGAUGGAUUAUAAGAUCAAGAAGAGGAGAAGAAUAAGAAGAGAGAGACCGAAGAAGAUCAACUUGUAG